UCAAGGGGGGAGCCUCUUUAACAGGGCAUCUACAAGUGAGGAUCGUCGAGCAUUUCAGGGCUAUUUAUCACACGUGUUCUUCGGCAGGAUAAAAUCUACAGCAGAAAAAGGAAUAAAACCCACUGAAUCCAGCAGAAGGUGUCAUCCGCUCAGUUCACGGCAGGGUCUGGACAACUCCUGUGUAGCAGUGGCUCUGUCUGAGCAAAGAACCAUGCCAAAAAUCUGCCAGCUCUGCCAAGGGUUUGAAAGAGCGGGGCUUCCCAAAGGACUGGCGAGGGACCAGCCAAAUCGGGAUCCCCUGAUUUUGGCCGGAUCUUUGUGCUGGUCCGGUGCAGGACGCUAUCUUCGUCUGGGGAAGGCUUGACACCGGCCGGAUGAACACCACCUUCCCAAUGAAGGUCCACAAAAUGGUGGAAUCAGGGCUGAGCAUCGUAGACAACCAAAGCCAUGGGAAACCCAAUAGCAUAGAGGAGAUCUGGGCUGACGGUACAACCAAUGGUAGUUGCUCAGGAGAGGAGCUCUUCCAGUUGCCCACUUUCUCCACAGCUGCCAAAGUCCGAGUAGCUAUCACCAUAGUCCUCUUCCUCUCCUCUGCUUUCUUCAACAUUGCUGUGCUCUGGACUAUCACCCAGAAAUACCACAAGAGACCCCACCUUCGAAUCCUUCUCAUGAACCUGGCUGCAGCAGAUCUACUGGUAACCUUCGUGGUAAUGCCUUUGGAUGCAGUAUGGAACAUCACCGUGCAAUGGUAUGCCGGGGACGUAGCCUGCCGGCUUCUCAUGUUCCUGAAGCUGGUGGCUAUGUAUGCCUCAGCUUUUGUCACAGUGGUGAUCAGCCUAGACCGCCGGGCGGCCAUCUUGAAUCCUCUAAGUGUGGGUGAGGCCAAGAGAAAGAACAAAGUCAUGUUGUGUGUGGCCUGGGCCUUGAGUUUGCUUCUGGCAUUACCUCAGAUGUUCGUCUUCCACACUGUCAGCCGUUCCCAGCCUGUCUACUUCAUCCAGUGUGCCACUGUGGGAAGUUUUCAUGCUCACUGGCAAGAAAUACUCUACAACAUGUUCACCUUCUGUUUCCUCUUCCUGCUGCCGUUGCUGAUAAUGGUCGUCUGCUAUUCCCGCAUCUUCAUUGAGAUAUCGAGAAAGAUGAAGAAAGCUUGUGCUCCACCCAAGUCUAGAGAGUUCCACCUUCGUCGCUCCUACAACAACAUUCCCCGGGCACGCAUGCGCACCCUGAAAAUGUCCGUCGUCAUUGUCUUGACAUUCGUCGUCUGUUGGACACCCUACUACAUGCUUGGCCUCUGGUACUGGUUCUCCCCGGAGAUGCUGACCAGAGAGCAGGUUCCCCCGUCCCUUAGCCACAUCCUCUUCCUCUUCGGCCUCUUCAACGCGUGCCUUGACCCCAUCAUCUAUGGCCUCUUUGCUGUGCACUUCCGGGUGGAAAGCAAGCAGGGCUGCUGCUGCGGUCGGAAGAAAAAAGAACCAGAAGCGUCUUCCAUGUUUACCAGCUCCUUCCGUGCUUCCACCACAAUGCCAGUGAGGCAGCCAGAAGAUAUCCGAGAGAAGUACAAAGCAGAAUUUACUGUGGGGGAAAGUCCACCAGGCGCAAAGCUGCCAUUGUACAGGAGAAAGAUGGUAGAGAGCUUUAUCUGAAGGGACAGGAGGAGUCUCUUGUCUACUCUAUUCUCACCCUUAAAUAUUUUGCCUUUGUUUCUGGAUGCAGGCAACUAGAUGGCUGUAAUGCGCCUAUCAGCAGGCCCAGAAAGUUUCUACAUCAAUAGUUCUAACCGUCAACGCCAUCAACCAAUAAAUACAGAAUAUUU